AUGUUCUACGAGGAUACUCUCCAAUCUGCCAGAGACAAGGCUCGCCUAGAUCUAAUUAAGGUCCUUACUUACAACUCUGCCUCCGCUAUUCAUUGGCUGCAAGAGAUCUUCAAGCUUGAUCUUACUCUUGUUUCGCGACUCGGAGGGCAUUCCUUCCCCCGCACCCAUCGCGGCCAUGAUGCCAAAUUCCCCGGUAUGGCUAUCACAUAUGCUCUGAUGCAGCGCCUCGAGGAGCUCACACAAAGCGAGCCAAACCGCGUACAGGUGCUUAAGAAGGCCCGUGUCACCGCAGUCAACAAGGAAGGAAACAAGAUCACUGGCGUCACCUAUGAAUAUAAUGGCGAGACCCACAAGGCCGAUGGCGUUGUUGUUUUGGCCACUGGUGGAUACGCUGCUGAUUUCACGGAAGAUUCUCUCCUGAAAAAAUGGAGACCGGACACCUUCCAUCUGUCCAGCACCAACGGUGUCCAUGCCACAGGUGAUGGCCAGAAAAUGCUCAUGGCCAUUGGUGCUAAUGGUAUUGAUAUGGAUAAGGUCCAAGUUCACCCAACUGGCCUCAUUGAUCCUAAGGAUCCUGACUCCAAGUGGAAGUUCUUGGCUGCCGAAGCUCUUCGUGGGGAGGGAGGUCUCCUCCUUAACUCUGAAGGCCAGCGAUUCGCUGAUGAGCUGGGCCACCGAGAUUAUGUGUCUGGCGAAAUGUGGAAAGAGAAGGAGAAGGGCAAGUGGCCAAUUCGCCUUAUACUUAACAGCAAAGCUUCCAAUGUCCUUGACUUCCACACUCGCCACUAUUCCGGCCGUGGCCUGAUGAAGAAGAUGACCGGCAAAGAGCUGGCUAAGGAUAUUGGCUGCGGAGAAGCUGCUCUUAGGAAGACCUUCGACGAAUACAAUCAGAUUGCUGAUGGUAAGAAGAAGGAUCCCUUUGGGAAGAAAUACUUCCACAAUGGCCCUAUGAGUGUUGAUGAUACUUUCUAUGUUGCGCUCAUGCAACCCGUUCUCCACUUCACAAUGGGUGGAAUUGAGAUCAACGACAAGGCUCAAGUUUUGAACUCGGAAAAGAAACCGUUUGAGGGUCUAUUUGCCUGCGGUGAGCUUGCUGGUGGUGUCCAUGGUGCCAAUCGUCUUGGUGGUUCCUCUCUUUUAGGAUGUGUUGUUUACGGGCGUGUUGCUGGUGACUCCGCCAGCCAAUUCCUCUUCCAGGAACUCCUCUCUAACCCCUCAGCUCUCGCUUCAUCUCGCCUAAACCAAAUAUCCCUCCACAUCGAUCCGUCCCAGCCGGGCAAAGUGUCCGUUGAAUGGACUACUCCAUCUGGUGCAAGUGGUGCCUCAACUUCUGUCCAAGCUGCUCCUGCUCCUGUAGCGGCCACAAGCCCUUCUACUGCAUCUGCUGCAUCUGCCAAGGCCGCAGAUGGUGCUGCGGACAUCGCGAACUUCAAGGUCCCUAAUAAGGAGUUCACAAUGGAAGAGGUUGCCAAGCACAACAAGAAAGAUGACCUAUGGAUCGUUGUUAAGGGUGUCGUGAUGGAUGUCUCUAAUUGGCUCGAUGAGCACCCUGGUGGGGCCCAGGCUCUCUUCAGCCAUAUGGGCAAGGAUGCAACGGAAGAAUUUGAGAUGCUUCACGACGACGAGGUCAUCCCUAAAUAUGCCUCUCACAUCGUCAUCGGACGUGUGAAGGGCCAGACUCCAAGCCUGGAAUACUAA